AUGCCCGAUAUCCAAAUCACCAGCGUCAAGCUCGGUCGACACCUCCGAGUAUGGAUUCUAGUACUUGGCCCCCCAGGUGCCGAAGACACCACCUACUACUACGUCUUCGAAAGCGAGAUCACAGCGCAUGGAUGCAAGAAAUACGUUGACAAGGCGACACUUCAUUCCAAUUCUCACGUUCUGAUCAAGCUACUAAACAUCUCUAGGAUCGCUUCAGUUCCCGAGGCCAAGAAAGCCGCUGUCCUUGACUGCGCCGAUGCUGCUGUAGAAUCCAGCAGCAACGACCAUACCCCAUUGCGGCACUGGCCAACGAGCUUUUCUCGGUCUCUCGAAGAGGCUGGCUUAGCUUAUGUUCGGCUAGAUGACCUUCGCGCCGUCGAGGACAGGAGUAUCUCCCCAUUCGUGAGAACCCAGCUGUCGCACAUGUUUCAAACCUACGCUGCGUAG